AUUAAUGUUCUUAAACAGAGCGAGGAUGGAGACGUGAUCGAGUGCAUCGCGGUACAGAAGCAGCCGGCAUUCGACCACCCUGCCCUCAGAAAUCACACCAUCCAGCUGGCACCGACUCACGAUUAUCAUCAGUCGGGAAAGCGUCGGCCGCUGGCGCCGCCGCAACCGUGGAGGAAAAGCGGAAGCUGCCCUCACGGCACCAUCCCGCUCCGCCGCCGCCGUCCACCAAAGAUGUCAACGGAGAGCACAUCAGCCGGCCAAUUACUACUAGAGGAAUCGCCGAACUACAUGAGGAAAAACCGCUCGGCGGCAGGGUACAUCUACUCAGGGGUGAAAGGUGACAUCAAGGUGUGGAACCCUAACGUGGAGGACGACGACUACUCCGUUUCCCACGUCGGUCUGACCAGCGGCGGCCGCCACGACUUUGAGAACAUCCGCUCCGGCUGGAUGGUGAAUCCGAAAUUCUACGGGGAUAGGGUAACUCGGCUCUUUGUGUAUUGGACGGUGGAUGGGUCGAACCAAACCGGUUGCUUCGAUUUGAGCUGCCCGGGAUUUGUGCAGACGAGUAAAGAGAUAGCGUUGGGGGCAGCCAUUAAUCCCAUCACUCUGCCAGGUGAUCUUACGUCUGAGAUCACCAUUUACAUCUCCAGGGAUGCAGUGACGGGGAACUGGUGGGUGGAGUACGGACAGGGCGCCUACCUGGGUUACUGGCCGCGAGAGCUGUUCGGCUUGCUCGCCGCCGGCGGUGCAGAGACGGCGGAGUGGGGAGGCGAAGUUUACAGCCCGAAAUUGGGGCAGCGCCCUCACACCACCACGGCGAUGGGCAGCGGCCGACCACCGGACCCGGUUUGGGGCAGCUCGGGCUCCGUCAAGAGGAUCCGAGUUCUGGAAAACUCCGCGGAGCUGAGGUUCCCCGAGUACGUUUCCACCUACACCGACGAGUUCAACUGCUACGACGUCGAGUACUGGUCUGACUACAUGCCUGACCCUGAGUUCUACUAUGGCGGUCCCGGCAGAAGCUACAAGUGCCCUUGA